AUGGCUAUGUACGGAAUUGGAAAAAUCCCACUGAUUGAGCUCCUGCAAAAGCCAAAUGUCACCCAAAAAUGGUACGCAGAUGAUGGAAGCGCUGCAUGUGAUCUUAAGAGUCUCCGCGCAAUACUGGACAACCUAGAUGUGCAUGGAAAGGCUUUCAGCUACAAUGUGGAGCCUUCCAACUGUCAACUCAUAGUAAAGGAAAACUGUCGUGAAAGCACCAUAAAAUUAUUUGAAGGAAACGCAUCUGCUGAAACUUUAUCACAAUUGGAAAGUUUGAAAGGAUCGGGAAAUACCAUACCAACUGAUGCUAAUGAAUUCAAUAGCAAGUUUGUUGAUCCUUCCAGCUCAGACACAGAUGACGAGAUCUUGGAUAAUUUCAAUUUAUCAUGUGCUAAUGACAAGGAAAUUGAACAUGCUAUAUUAAGUGCCGCGAAAAGCGGGAAUAAGCAGGUUGUGGAGAACAUUUUGGACAAAAACCCGAACUAUGUGACUGCGAUUGACGAAGACUUCUACACUCCUCUUCACAGAGCAUCCUACAAUGGACACACUGAGGUGAUGAGAGUUCUACUGAAACACGGGGCUGACCCAAAUGCACCGACCCUGGAUGGUUGGACGCCUUUGCAUUCAGCCUGCUGCUGGGGCAAAGUAGAAGCAGCAUCCAUUCUUCUCAAGGCAGGCUCAAGAGUCAACGCCCGAUCUUACUCCAACACAACUCCACUGCAUACAGCUGCAAAUAGACCAGACAACAGGGCAGUCAUAGAACUGCUUCUCUCUACACCAGGUGUGGAUCCAUUGAUAUCCAAUGAGAGUGGAGAUAGGCCGUACCAGCUGGCAGCCAGAAUUGCCCCUUAUGGGUUUCUGUUUGAACCCUUUGAGUCCUCAUUAAGUUGGUCCCCAUCUGAAUGGAUGCAAACAUCAAGUAGCGAUACAGCAGAAGCCUCAGAAAGUAGGGCACUAGAGGCGAAAUGA